AGCAUUCCUGUACAGAUAGAUAUUAUUUUUGUUUUCAUCUGCCUGAGUCUGGUUAGUUGGUUAACACAGAUCCUGCUCUUCUCUGCUUUGAAAGUAUUAGUUCUCUUUCACGGCUUUAGAAAUCGGCUGACACCAUGUCUAAAGCUGUUCCGUUUUACCAAAAGAAACAGAAACAUUAUGACCAAUCUUAUCGCAACGUCCAAUCUAAAUAUGUUGUCCAGGAAUAUUCAGCACAAAAGUAAAAGCUCCUCAGCUUCCGCUUACAGAAGCUCAGCAAGCUCCACACGUUCAGCAAGUUCAUCAAGAAUUAAAUGCAUAUGUGGGGCUGAUAGAGAUAUUCAACAAUACUAUAGCCCUGAGUAUAAAGCAAGAACCCAAGAACAUCAUACAGAGGAACACACUAGGCAACGUCAAGGCUAUGAUAGAAGUCGACACUACUUGACUGAAUUGGCAUUUCUGGAAGAAGAUGUUCGUGUAGCAAGGGCACUGGCACGAGAACAGAUUGAUAAAGUUUCCAUACAAAGGAUGGUCGAAGAAAAAUUGUCAUUACAGAGAAGCAUCCAUGAAGAGAGCAUAAGUAGAGCUCCAGAUAUAUUGGUGCGGCUCAGAUCUCAUACUGUUUGGGAAGGAAUGCCCGUGAAGCUUUUCUUUACUGUACAAGGAUACCCUACUCCUCUGGUGCAAUGGUAUAAGAAUGAAUCUUUGAUUAGCACAGCAAGUGAACCAGGAAAAUACAGAAUUGAAAGCAAGUAUGGAGUGAAUAGUCUGGAAAUUUACAGAGCUAACUUUAAUGACACUGCUACAUAUACAGCGGUAGCCACAAAUGUCCAUGGCCAGUUCUCUACCAAUGCAGCUGUGGUUGUGAAAAGAUUUAGAGGAGAUGAAGACCCACUACACUCAGUUGACAUACCACUUCAUUUGCCUUUGAUAUCAGACAUUAAGUUCACCCAUAUUGAUGUUAAGUUUUUUGAUACUUUUGGAGUAACAUUUGGGAUUGAAGGUGAUACAGUCACAUUGGCAUGUUCAGUACUUUUAACACCCGAUAUCAGCAGACUACGCCCUCGAGCAGAAUGGUAUAGAGAUGAUGUACUACUGAAGGAGACUAAAUGGCACCAACUGCAUUUUGGAGAGGGUCGUUCUUCUCUGACACUGACUCACUUGAAUAAGGAUGACGAGGGAUUGUAUACUGUAAGAUUUGUCACAAGAGGAGGGGUUAAUCAACACAGCGGCUUUCUCUUUGUGGCUGAUGCUGCUGCCUUGGUAGCCGGAGCACCAGGUGCACCAAUGGACAUUGAAUGCCAUGAUGCUAACAAAGACUAUGUAAUUGUUUCAUGGAAGCCUCCAAAUACAGCAAGUGAAGCCCCUGUCAUUGGAUACUUUGUUGAUAAGUGUGAGGUGGGCACUGAAAACUGGAUUCAGUGCAAUGAUACUCCAGUGAAGAUCUGCAAAUAUCCUGUAACUGGACUCUUUGAGGGCCGUUCUUACAUUUUCCGGACCAGAGCAGUUAAUAAAGCUGGUGUCAGCAGACCUUCCAGAGAGUCUAUUGCUGUCGCUGCACUAGAUCCUGCUGACCUGGCUCGUUUACAAACAAUCCAUUUGGAUGGAGGACGUGAAAUUGUUAUCUGUCAAGAUGACUUAGAAGGUGAAGUAAAAAUUCCUGGCUCACCCACCAAUGUUCAAGCUUUGGAUACCAGUAAAACAUAUAUUGUCCUUAGCUGGGACCCACCUGUUCCUCGUGGCAGAGAUCCCAUCGUGUAUUACAUUGAGAAGACAAUGGUUGGUAGUGGAAGCUGGCAGAGAGUGAACUCACAGAUACCUGUAAGGUCUCCACGUUUCGCAGUUUUUGACCUAGUUGAAGGAAAGUCCUAUAACUUCCGAGUGAUUGCAGUUAAUAAACAUGGGGUCAGUGAGCCAUCCGAAAUUACACAGCCCAUACAAGCUCAGGAACGUUUGGCUGUGCCAUCUGCUCCUGGUCGUAUCUUGGCAUCCCGAAACACUAGAACAUCAGUUGUCGUACAGUUUGAUAAGGCCAAAGUAGAGGAAGAAUUAAUGGGAUAUUAUAUUGAUUCAUCUGUUGUGGGAUCUAAUCAUUGGGAACCAUGUAACCACAAACCUAUUAAAUACAACAGAUUUGUGGUUCAUGGUUUAACAACUGGAGAAAAUUACAUUUUCCGUGCAAAGGCUGUCAAUGCUGUUGGAGUCAGUGAAAAUUCUCAGGAAUCUGAAGCAAUAAUAGUUAAAGCUGCUUUGACAACUCCAUCUCAUCCCUAUGGGAUUACCCUUUUGAACUGUGAUGGUCAAUCAAUGACUUUGGGCUGGAAAUUGCCCAAAUUUACUGGUGGAUCUGCAAUUAGCGGAUACUACAUUGAUAAGCGUGAGGCUAAUCACCUUAACUGGCAUGAAGUGAAUUCCAGCCAAGUCCAAGAAAGAAUUUACAAGGUUGAAAAUCUAGACGAAGGCGCUUUUUAUGAAUUCAAAAUUUCUGCAUCUAACCUUGCUGGCCUUGGGCUUGCAUCUGAUCCAAGUGAACACUUUAAAUGCGAAGCAUGGACAAUGGCAGAGCCAGGACCUGCGUUUGACCUUACAUUUUGUGAAGUUAGAGAUUCUUCUCUGGUUAUUCUUUGGAGAGCACCGGUUUAUUCUGGCAACAGUCCUAUUUCUGGAUAUUUUGUUGAAUACAGAGAAUUAAAUGCAGAACACUUCUUGAGAGUAAAUGAGACUGCUACAUCAAACCGUUACCUAAAGGUCAAAGAUUUAGAAGAAGGAAAAACAUAUGUUUUCCAAAUCCGUGCUGUGAAUGGGUCAGGCAUCGGCAAACCCUCUGAUCUUUCAGAACCAGUUCUUGUACAAUCUAGACCAGGAACCAAGGAGAUCAGCGCAGGUGUAGAUGAAGAAGGAAAUAUUUAUCUGGCAUUCAACUGCCCUGAGAUAUCAGAAGCUUCUCAGUUUGCAUGGUGCAAAUCUUAUGAAGAAAUUUCUGAUGAAACCAAAUUUAAAUCAGAGUCCAUUGGAGAAAACUCUAAAUUGUAUUUCAAGAAUCCAGAUAAGGAUGAUUUGGGAACCUAUUCAGUGGCUGUUAGUGAUACAGAUGGCAUUUCAUCUAGUUUUGUAAUGGAUCCAGAAGAACUGGAACGUUUAAUGACACUGAGCCAUGAAAUAAAAAAUCCAACCAUUCCUCUGAAGUCUGAGCUAGCCUAUGAAAUAUUGGAAAGAGGAAAAGUUCGCUUCUGGAUUGAAGCUCAGCAUUUAUCUGCUGAAACAAACUUUAGGUUUGUGGUGAAUGAUUUGGAAGUUAAAGAUAGCGAGAGCCACAGGAUUAAGUUUGACAGAUCCACUGGCAUGAUUGAGAUGGUAAUGGAAAGAUUUACAAUUGAAAAUGAAGGAACUUACACAGUACAGCUUCAGGAUGGAAAAGCCAAGAACCAGUCUUCAUUAGUGCUCAUUGGCGAUGCAUUUAAGGCACUGUUGGCUGAAGCUGAAUUUCAGAGAAAAGAAUAUAUUAGAAAGCAAGGUCCUCAUUUUCUUGAGUAUUUGCGUUGGGACGUUACAGAGGAAUGUGAAGUUUUAUUGGUGUGCAAGGUUGCAAACACAAAGAAAGAAACAAUAUUUAAAUGGUAUAAAGAUGAAAUACCAACAGAUGCUGAAGAUGCACCAGACUUGCAGCAAGGCGUGUGCAUAUAUCGUAUUCCAAAGCUAUCUAAAAAGGAUCAAGGAGAAUACAAGUCAACAUUAAAAGAUGACAGAGGUCAAGAUGUGUCCAUUCUAGAGCUCUCUGGAAAAGUGUAUGAAGAUAUUAUCCUAGGAAUGAGCAAAGUCAGUGGGUCAUCUGCAUCUGAGCUCAAGAUUCAAUGCACACCAGAAGGAAUUAGAUUCCAUUGUUAUAUGAAGUACUACACAGAAGACAUGAAAGUUUCCUGGUACCAAAGAGAAUCGAAAAUCUCUUCAAGUGAAAAGAUGAGGAUUGGAGGCACAGAUGAUUUUGCCUGGUUACAGAUUUGUGAACCCACUGAAAAAGAUAAAGGGAAAUAUACCUUUGAGAUAUUCGAUGCAAAAACUUCACAUAAACGCAAUAUUGAUUUAUCAGGACAAGCUUUUGAUGAAGCCUACGCAGAAUUCCAGAGACUCAAGGCUGCUGCGUUUGCUGAGAAGAAUCGUGGUAAAGUCAUAGGUGGUUUGCCUGAUGUUGUAACUAUAAUGGAAGGCAAGACUUUGAACCUGACUUGCACAGUGUUCGGAAACCCUGAUCCAGAAGUAUCUUGGCAGAAGAAUGACAGGGAUCUUGAUCUUAACGAUCACUACCAUGCAACACUGGAACAAGGAAAGUAUGCCAGUCUAACCAUCAAAGAUGUGUCUUCCGAAGACUCUGGAAAAUAUGGCAUCAGUGUUCGAAACAAGUAUGGCGGUGAAACAGUGGACAUCACUGUGAGUGUAUACAAAUAUGGUGAAGAGUUACCCGAAGUUAAGGCUACUCAUCUUCCUAAACCAACACAUUCACCUUCACCUGCACCUGCUCCUGCACCUACUAAGUCACCUGCACCAGAGAAAGCUAAACCAGCCCCUAAGGCAGGGAAAAGUACUAGGAAAUAAAGAAUAUAACAGUUAAAUAAGCAAGUGAAAUUGACGAGGUUGAUAUGCUGUAGUGUUGCUUUUUACUGCUUUGAGUGCUAGAUUGCUCCACAACGCAUUGCUUAACCCUGUGGCACACUAAGGGUUUGUGUAUGACUAUGGUUCAACAUACUUAGUACUCAAAUGCUGAACUGUUAUAUUUAAUUUGAUCCAAAUCAUAAAGAUGGUUGUGACCAUCAAAAAGUGACAGCCAAUUUUUUUUGACUCUAUCUAUUAUAGCUUUAAUAUUACAAUUUGGCUGACAAGUCAUCAGGUAAUUUUAUCAAUACUCUCUGAAGGGAAAAUUAACCUUAGUUAUAUUGUAUAAGUAUAACAUUUACCAAGGAUAUGCAAGUUCAGAAUAAUCAAAAUUAUUAAAUUAACAUUUUAAUGUUACCAUAUAUAUAUAAAUUACAGUAACAAUUCAAAUGGUUUACUACAUGCUGUCACAACUACAGUAUGUAAAACAAAAACAAAUGACAUAUUGUAAGGGUGUUUAAUAAACAUAUUAAAGAAUAGUGUAGAUUUUAUUCACGCAUGAAUGUCACGAGUGUUUAUAAUGUCAUGUAUAACUUCCCCCCUCCCCCCUCACACACACAAGUGGUAUGAUCCACCCAAUCAUUUUGUUUAUAGGCAGUUAUAAAAAAUCUAAAUUCAUUCAUAUUGCUGAACAGUGAAAUAUUCAGUUUGGAAAACUCCACACCCCUGAAACCUUUAUUGUUUCUUUGUAUGUCCCUUUAAAGUGACAGAUUUUAUUAGUCACAGUCAGGCAUUUCAAUUUGCUUAGAGACUAUGGAUGGUGACAAAUACAUGUGUUCCAAGGAAGACUAAUGUGAACAUAUAUUGAUUCCAGUGGCAGUUACCACUACUAUGGGGAGCAAUGCUUUAAGCCAUGUUCAUCGGAUAAAUCCUGAUUCAUGCAGAGCCAAUCUCAAAAGUUUUCUCACUUUACUGUGAACAUAAUAACAAAGAGGAACAAUACCUCAAAUUAAUUGCAAUUCUGCCUGAGCAAUACUUUAUAAUCUUCCUUAGCUACCCAAUGUGUAUGUUCUUAAAGUGGAUUUAAUUCAAAAGUUUAAUUUAUUCUUAUCUGGUGCUAGUAUAAUGUGAAGCGACAGAAAAGCAGCACACAGCAUCCAUGGAUUUUAACAGAAACAAGCAUAGCCUAUAGCUAAGAUUAGUAGAUGUGUUUAUUGCCAUAUCAGCCGGUAUGAAUAUCAGAUUAUGUGUAUGUAGUCAUCACUUCCAAUUUAGCAUUUCCUUGCAAUGCUGGUAUUGUUUGAGAAAAUUCAACCAGAAUCUUGUCACAUUGUUUUCCUUGCUUUGUGCUAAUAAACUUUAAAAGUCACCCGUGUUUCCCUGCAUUAAAUGACAUCUACUUUUAA